GUCUGACUUUUCGAAGACAGCCAUGCAGAGAGGCGGGAGGGGCGCGUGGCCACGACAGAGGCCUCAGGGAGCAUCAGGAGGGGAUGACUCGCACAGACCGGUUGGGAGGGAGUCCACGCCUAUCUUCGAUGACGAUAACAUAGAGUUUUUUCUGGACUCCUACCAGGCACAUGCGGCACGGGAGGGCUGGUCUACCUUGGAGAGGAUACGGCACCUGAGGGGAGUUGCGCGUUUCGAGGAGCCUAUUGCGCACAUUCGAGAGGAGGCAUUGACCUGGCAGGAUGUGGAGGCAAGGAUGCAGACGUUAAGGGCUUCGCCGUUGGGACCAGAUGGGCUGCCUAUUCGGUUGGAGGAAGGCAAUGCGGAGGAUUUUAUCCCUGCCUAUGAGCAGUAUAUGCGCGACCAGGGGACUGGGCAGGAGGAGUGGAUGCAGACGCUGCCCCUCUGGACGCGGAGGGCGGAGAGGCCGUUGGCGAGGCAGAUCCGGGACAGGGCUCGUGACUGGGAGGACUGCCAGGACCAGUUAAGACAGGCAUUUCGACGACUGGAACCCGAGAGACCAGAGCCCAGGGUGGAGAGACGACAGAGGACAGUGCCAUUGAGGACGCCGCUCGAUAGGUUGGAGGCUCAUCUCGAUGCGUCCCAAUGGGGGGCAUCACAGUUGGGAGCAGACCAGAGCGGACCGGCACGGUAUGAGCCAGUAGAGGAUGAGCCAGAGGAGGAGCCACCUGAGCCAGGGCCCGAGGCGGGGUCUCGUGGGCCCGAGGAGCCGCAGACUGAGGGGGUUAUCACGGUUGGGGAUGAUACCCCUCCCCCUGCCCCGAUUCCGGAGCAGACGCGGCAGUAUUGGCCUGAAGGGAUUCCUGAGCCGAACAGUGAGGAGAUGUUGGGGCCUCCAUCGGAAGCUAUUACGCCACCCCCGACGCAGGCGGAGCCAGAGGAGGGCGAGAGGGCGAGGACACCUACUACUGUGGCGCCGGAACUAACUGAGCCUACAUGUGCACGCAUGGAUGUGGAGGUGCCGACCUCCGGGGAGCCUCCGCCACGGCCGCCACCCACAGAGGAGGGGACGAGUGAGAGAGACCCACUGCGAGAGGCCCAUGAGGCACGGGCAAGGAGGCCAUCAGGGGAGACGAAAGAAGAGAAGCGCGUGAGGGUGCAGGAGAAUGUGAGGGUGGAUGAGGCACGAGAGACAGGGGACUUGGGACUUUCAGCCGCCAGGAUGGAGAUUGAGCAUGCAGAUAGGAGGAUAGGUGAGGUGGCGAUCUCAUCCUUCCAACGGUACUCCAUGCUCAGCGAUGAGUUGGCGGCCUCGAGGUUAAAGGUGGGACAGUUGUCCACCCAGUUGGCAGAAGAGAGGGCAGAGAACCAAGCAUGGAGGUCCCGUAUGGAAGUCAAGGAAGUGGAAUGGGAGAAGAGGCUCCAGGACAUGGCGGCAAUGGUAGAGAGGCUCUCGGCCACUAAGGUGGUCGACUGGACGGAGCAGAGUCGGUAUGGUAUCCAAGGGAAGGAGGUACAGGGGCUCUUUGACCAGGAAGGAACGACAGAGACGCCACAGCAAGAGGGAAUGGGAAAGGUAUUCCUGGACCCAACAGAGGCGGCGGCAAGGCGGGAGGCCGAGGAGAGGAGGUUCAGCUUCAGGACUCCCACGGAGUUGGCCUCGCAACAGGCCACCGCUAUGACGAUUGAGGUUCCUGGGGACGAGUCGGCAUAUAGACCCCAACCUCCAGUGGCGGAGGGGGACCCCACAGAGGAGUCCCCUACAAUCCUUUUGGAGGUGCAAGAGGGUGCCCUUACGGGAGCAGCAGCAUCCACUGAACCGGAGGUGAUGGGGGGAGAGGCGUCUCGACUGGACGAGUUGGUGGCAACCAUGGAGCUGGACAUGUCGUCAGGAGGGCCUCAGAGGCAGGAGACCCCGAAGCGCGUGCCAGAGAUAGGGGAGCUGAGGACGCAGUUAGGCUCUUGGGCUACUGGAGCUGACUCAGGAGAGCACAUCUCAGAGCUGCAGCAGGAAGUUAUGAGCGAGCCAGCGACUGUCGUGACUUCCCAGCCUUCUUACCUGCAUGGGGAUGAGGGGGCGACUGCGAUGGGAGGAGUCCGCGAGGGUAGGCCACCGAGAUUGGACACUCCAGUGUACCGACCCAAGGGAGAUGAGAUGCUAGCAGGGCCGAGUACCCAGAUGAUGGAGGCAGGACCGACAGAGUCAUGGAGUAUGCCCCAGAGCCACGAGAUGAGCAGGAAAACUAGUGAGACGUCGUCGUUGCCUGGGUCCCAGAAGAAGAAGAGGAGGUAUCGGAGGAGAUCAGACGAUCAAUUUUUCUUCUGCAAGGACGGCGUACAUAGGGCUCUUGAAUGCCCAAAGUUCCUUAAGGACAAGGCGGCUGGGAGAGUGGCAGAGAGUGGUGGGAGGAUGUACGACAGACAAGGGCGAGUGGUAGCGCGGACUCCAGAUGGGGGUAGGGCACAAUUGUAUAGACAGAACCAAGAGGCCAUGAGUGAGUAGGGGCUGGCCUGUCUAUAUGACAGUAGGACUAGAGCUCCUCUGUACCCAGAGGUAAGGUUAGGGAUGUACGUACUCU